AUGGAACCUGAUCCUCUCGUCCUGGAACCCAAUAGCGGAACGCGUGAGAACGUGCGUCUUGCGAACAUGCGCUUUGCAGACUAUGUAUGUUCACCAGUGAUCGAACUCAGUGUCGGAGAGAAUCAAUGGAGCUUUAACAUCCACAAGUCACUUCUGAUGAAGGGUUCGGCACUUUUCAGAGACUACCUUGGACGACGAGGCAACUCAAGCAAGCGCAACAUGAAAAUUCUGCCUGUUGUGAAGGAUGGUCGCCAUUUGGAGCCCUUCGUCUGCUGGUUGUAUGGCAAUAAUGGUAGCCCUUUGGAUACGGGGGAUAUGCCGGCUUAUCAUAUUGGACAACUGUGGCUGGUUGCAGAAGAGAUCGAAUCGACAGAAUACCGCAACUGGCUGGCCGACGAACUCCAGCGUGUUCCUGCAAGUACUGAGUGGUAUCUGAAAUCAUACCACGAAUUGUGCAGUGUUGGGCAGGGCGGAUCAGCUAUAGGUAACUUCAUGAUCCACUGCAUAGCUCAUAGCAUUAUUACGAAGGAUUGGCAAGAGCUCUUCGGAGACCACGUCAGCUCAACUCACGGAGGCGACUUUAUGACAAAUCAUCAAGAUCUGUUGCACCGUCUUUUCCUGGCAGUCGACACAAUGAAGAAAGACUGGAAAGAAGACAAACUCAAGGAUCCCAAAGACAGAUACGACUGUUCGUUGCACCACCAUGAAACAGAGGAUUCGCAAGAAAGCUGUCCACGAUAUGGGAAGGGGCAGGUCGACAGUUGGAGAGGAACUGUUGUAGCCGAGGCAAACAAGGAAGACGACCGUGGAAAAAAGCGGACUCGUCUUGGUGACCUCGACCUGGACAAGAAGCGUGUCACCAUUUAA